ACAGCCCCUACGAGCCAACACUCAGGGCAACAGAGACCAUCGUGCCCAGCAGCAGCUCGCUGGACCGCGGUCCCUCCAGUACACUUAGCUCUAACACUGUUACAUAUUUUGUUUGGCAUUAACCAUGGACAACGAAGACCGUGCAAUGAAAGAAACCAGAAGACGAGAGCGUCAGUCAGCUUUGGAGAAUACAGACUCUGACAUCGGCUUGUGUGGCUGGAUGUUGGUCGGGUUGUCCCUCCUUCUCAUGCUGGUUACCCUCCCACUCUCCAUAUGGAUGUGCAUUAAGAUUGUGAAGGAGUAUGAGCGAGCCAUUAUCUUUCGCCUGGGGCGAAUUUUGCGAGGAGGAGCCAAAGGACCAGGGUUGUUCUUCAUCUUGCCGUGCACUGACAGUUUUAUUAAUGUGGACAUGCGCACCAUCACCUUCGAUAUCCCACCACAAGAGGUUUUGACCAAAGACUCUGUGACAGUGAGUGUGGAUGGUGUGGUCUACUACCGGGUCCAGAAUGCUACUCUGGCUGUGGCUAAUAUCACUAAUGCUGAUGCUGCUACACGGCUGUUGGCCCAGACCACCCUGAGGAACGUCCUGGGUACCAAGAACCUGGCUGAGAUCCUGUCUGACCGUGAGGAAAUCGCACACAGUAUGCAGUCCUCUCUGGACGAUGCAACAGAUGACUGGGGGAUCAAGGUGGAGCGGGUGGAGAUCAAAGAUGUCAAGCUGCCCCUCCAGCUCCAGAGAGCCAUGGCAGCUGAGGCUGAGGCCAGUCGUGAGGCUAGAGCCAAGGUGAUCGCAGCGGAGGGAGAGAUGAACGCAUCACGGGCACUGAAGGAGGCGUCCCUGGUGAUCGCUGAGUCUCCGUCAGCCCUGCAGCUGCGCUACCUGCAGACCCUCAACACAAUCGCUGCGGAAAAGAACUCCACCAUCAUCUUCCCGCUGCCGCUGGACAUGAUGCAAGCCUUCAUUAAACACUGAGUCUUUAUACGCGUUGUUCACAUGUACACACUCACGCAACACAUAUCAUUUACACAUGCAUUUAUAGGCUCUAUGUCCAUUCAGCACGUUUCUUUGAAUCUACUACGCUAACACAACAGAAACAUCUUUGCGUUUGAACACACCACAGACUGUGGUCAACAGUAGAGCCCACCUGUGUGAGGAGAAAUAACUCCAUACAAGGUGGUAGCAGCUGUCUGGACUAGUAAUCAAAAAGGAAAACUAAAACAUGGUCUUUUUUUAUUUCAUUCCAAAGUGCCAAAAUAUUCUUCUAGAUCAAUCAGAAAGCUAAAGCAGAUGAGCAGAAAUUAAAAAGGUUAUCCAGAGCCAAAGGUGCCAAACACACAGCUAAAUCUACACCAGCUAGACUGGUGUCUGCCAAGGACUGACCAAAGUAGGUGCUUUGCUGUAGAAUAUUCAUUAGAUUUGUUAUUGUGAAUUACACUGAUCUCCGUAGUGCAGCUUUAUGUUACACUACAAAUGUAGAUUUAAAGGUUCCCUGGCUGUCGGCAUAGAGGCAGGAGCGCAAACCUUAUCAUCCGUUUUACUAAAGCUUUAAAGGAAAGUGCCAGCUGGAUAUGCAGCCUUACACCUGCGCAUGCACGCACACACACACACACACACACACAUAUAUAUAUAUAUAUAUAUAUAUAUAUAUAUAUAUAUAUAUAUAUAUAUUCUUCUGUUACUACUACUAUCUCCUGAUGAUCUGGCACUCGUACAACCACUGCCAGUAUCGCCAUUGUCAUUUUAUACCCAAAAUUAUAUUCAUGAUAUCCAUAUAUUUGUGUGUGCAUGUUUUUUUAGAUGUUUUAAUCAGGAGAGUGAAUGAAAAAAAGCAAUGACAUACUGGUAUUAAGAUCCUUUAAGUGUUAAGUGUUUAUUAAAUGUUAAUGUUACAUUUUGAAAGCUAUGAGAUGGAUGCACGCAAAAGUUGUAAUGAUGUAAUGUUUAUGUUUGUGUUUGGCAGAAUUUAGCACAUACUAACCAGCUCCAGAGGCAUGCAGAAGUCUUAAAAUAAUCCCUACAGCAAGUAGAGAUUGGCCAGUGGCAUACAAAUAAUAGUGCAGGAACACACACACACACACACACAUAUCCCUCUCUGUUAAACACCUUCUCUCCCGUUACUACAGUCCCAGAUCACAAGCUAAAACGUGGCUGCCAGGUCACUAAGAUUCUUACUGGUUGUCCAGCUGGAUGUCACUAUUUUAUGUUUACAGUGUGCUUUCUAUUCAUACACAGUAUAUGUAAUUUGGAGGCUGGUGGACAAACCUCAUCAGCCCCACAGGUAGUAGUGUGUGUAUUGCAGGGCUGCAGGUCGUUCCUGUCGUUUUGUCCAUCCCCUGGCUUAUUAGUCUGCUCAGAAAGAGCAGGUACAGAAAUGUAUUGCAAAUCUUUCAGCCAAAUGCCUUAACUUACUGCCAUCAAUUAUUUUACAGUCUAAUAUGACAUUUCUAUGCAUUUCAAAAUGGAAAUAAUAAUAAAUUAUGGAUUCUAUUUAUAAAUUUCUACUUAAAUUAGCAAUAUUUUAUCAUAUCAUACAUGCUCUAUAUGUUCUCUCUGAGUGUAACAUAAGCCAAAUAGUAAGUAGUUAUUAUACAUUUCCUUUUCGCAUAUGAAGGAUCAGUAUCUAGUCUAUGUCUGACUUAACACUACUAUAUAUACAUAAUAGGGCUGCACAAUAUAUCAUUUCAGCAUUGUUAUUGUGAUGUGAGCAUGUGCAAUAGUCACAUCACUGGAAGUUAAAUGCUCAAACUCAAACAUGCUAUAAAUUAGAGUGACGUGGGAGUUGAUUUUCAUUUCAGAAAACCCCGUCCCGUCACAAUCUCGGAAGAAUGACUCCUGUCCUAUCCCGUCCCAUGAGAGGACUCUGACUCCAUUGAUGGCAUGGCAUUUUUUACAGUCUCCCACAGGUUGAGCAAUUUCCUUGUGGUGGGUGGCACGGCAUGUUACGGAUGUGCCUGCAGUGACUCCGUAGACUCAGCAGUUUAGAGGGGGAGACUGUAUCACCAGGUAGCUACAGUCUACAGAUGUCCCCUAAACGUCUCACAUGCAGACUAUCGGUAGAAGCCACAAUUUACCGAUGUUCCCUAAACGCAUUCGGCUGCAUACAGAGCAGCCUCUAGUCUCCACUCAGUUACUGCAGCACAGCAGCUUAGACAGGAGUCAAAACUGCUUCAAUUUGAUUGUUAUUAUGAUUCCUGUCCAGUCCGCUCCCGUUGACUUUUUUUUUCCUGGUUCUGUCCCAGUCACAUGAUCAAUAAUGAAAUUGAUUCUCAUGCUACAGGAAUCCUGUGACCCACAGGAUUGCCUAAAAAUUGUUAGCCUCUACUACAACUUUCUUGCAAUAUUGCAAUGUCAUGUCGUGCAGCCCUAAUACAUACUGUAUACAUAUGUAAUUGCAUUCUGUGAAUUAUCAUUGUUUUACUGUGGGUAGUUGGAGGGUUCAAGUUUGUCACAACUGGGCCUAGGUUUAAUCUGACAUUGUUAUAAAUAGGUAUUUUUCAUUUAUUUUUAUUCUAGAAUAUGACACCUGUUGCAUUAGUUUACUACUGUAGCUCCUGUAUAUUAGAUUUACUGUUACUUUGCUACAGCUACAAUAAGCCUUUCAUUGGGGGAACCAUUCAGACCUGUUGAGUUUACUCUGUUGUAGAAAUAGGAGAGGUUGUUACAUUAACUGGCAGCACGACCACACUGUGUUGAUGACCACUAUGCAGCUACUCUGCUUCUGCUCUCACUUCUCUAAUCGUUUGACUUUCACUGAAAAGAGAAACCCCAUCAUGAAAAUGAAGGCUUUGUUUUAGUAUCUGCCUUGUUUUUAAAAAAUGUUACACACAUGAAUAUUUUUUUAAAGCUUUAUUUAGGAUUUAUGGUAGAUUUGUUAGUUUUUGCAGCUAACUACUUUUUUUCUACACUUUGCUAAUGUUUGAUAUGGUUUUAUCUUGAUAUAAUACUUACAUAUAUAUAUAUAUAAACAUAUAUAAAGACUUGAAAUAAAGAUCCUCUUAAAAAAAUUUUUCUAUGGAUUUCAUUCUUUCAGAAGAGCGCAGCAAGUGUUUGUAAAAAGUAGAGAAAUUACACUUUAACAUGUUUAAUUAGGUUUUAUUGAAAUGAUAACAAGUCUUAGGGAAACCUCAAAGUGUCACAGAAGACCUAACUGGUUGGUAAAGCAGCAAAGCAUCGGUUUCCCACUGUAGCAUCACACAAGCUUCAUGGGCAUAAAUCUGGCAUUUUAAAAAAUAAUAAAUAUAAGUGACAUCUUAACUGAAGGUACAAACAACUUUUCUAUAAAGGCAUUCUUACACUAGAACAGUACCUUUUUAAAACGGUUCAAAGUUGAACAGGUUAACUGUAAACUAGAGGAAAGAAUAUUAAGGCAUCGGUUGUAUUGCUUUUAAUAAGCAGUGUUUGCUUGGCAGUGAGUUUUCCAAUGCUGACACCAAGGCUUUAAACUUGCUAUAUGUUUGCUGUUAUUACAUUUCACUAGUGAAAAGGCUUUAUUGUCAAAAUAUGAAAUAAAUGAGAAAGAUUGCCUUCAAUAACAGUCAUAGUACUAGACUAUUUAGUGCAAAACACUAUAGGAAGCCUGUGUAUCUGUUAAAGCUCUACUGUUAUUGGUUGGUUGAAUUAAAAUACUGCUUUAUAGA